ACAGAGCCACCCAUUUAAAUGCUCUCGCUGGAGUCACACACGGAGUUUGGAUUGGAAGACGACCGAAGCAUUUCAUUGUUGAUAUCUGCUUUUGUACAUAUAUAGGUGUAUAAAACUUAACAAAGUUGAUUUGAUACAGCUUGAGAGAUUAAAAGGAAAAUAGAGCGGACUGCACGUGGAACAUUAACCCGUGCUGUUUUUCAGUAGCAAACAGUGUAAAAUGGGUGCCGGUGAAAGCAAGCUGUCUGUGGCAUCAACACCAAAACUAGAGCCGAGAGCUGAACGAGUAGCGAGACUCUCAGACCCGCGUUCACCGUCAUGCGCUGUCGACCGCACACCUAUACAGGUGGGCGUGGCUUACUCUCCUCUUCCUGUGGCGGAGUCAGUCGGGCCUGUGUUUGACCCCCGCUCACCCACACCUGGCAUCACUCGAACACCAGUAAAGGUGAGUGUCGCGUCUCUUGCUCAGCGGCUGAGCACCUUCUUUCUCAAUGACGUCAAGUCCGGUAGCGACUCUGUUCCUCCCCUUCCUCCGGUCUCCUUCACCAAACACCCCGGCCUGCCCAAUGUGAAUCUGCAAAAUGAAGCAGUCCCCAGAGAUCCUCUGCUCCCUCUGGUAAAAGCCCAGAACUCAUCCACCCUCAACGGACACGCAGAUGCUGUGUCCACCCCUUCAGAGGGCUACGGCUCCAUAUGCAGCAGCCCGUUUGUGUUGAUCGGAGACGCACAGAUGGAGGUGGAGGUGGAUGCUGAGGCCUCGCUGGAAGAGGCGGAGGAGGCUCUGCUGCUCUGUGCUUCACCAUUAAGGAAAGAGCUCAGUUUGAGUCUUCUUGCUUGUCGUGAAGGUGUUUACUCAUCUUCUCUGGAGGAACGUCCUCUGACUCCUCUUCCUCCUGCUGAGAGGCAAGCGAAUGAAGAUCACUCCUACGCGCUCUUCUCAGUCCCACCACGAUCCACAGAGCAUGAAACUUCCACGCCUGUUGUUGAAGCUAUCGUGACCUCGGAGGCAGAUGAGGUCCCGUCACAGACCUCUGAGGAACAGGUGACUUCUGCACUUCCAGAGUCCAGCCAUGAGCAGCAGGAGGAGAGCAAGCCUCCCACACCUCAAUCUGUUGUCUCCUCCAGCAAAUCCAGCCCAGUUGAAACGGUCCAGUCCGGCAUCCGUUGUCUGAAGUUUGACACCCGCAGCCCAAGUCAGGCCAUUUUUAAGCCCCAGUGGUUGGGCGUGGGCUUCGGGAGCACUGGAGUCAGAGCGAGAGGGGUACAGGCGCGUGGAAAGACAUCUGUGUCCUCACCACUCUCCACCAAAAACACGGCCACAAAUGAGAAUAACAACAUGGUUGUGCGCACCAAACAGAGACCAAGAGAAAAAGUUCUGGUUGGUGAGGGCAGAUCGCCUCUGCAGAUCCUGAGGGAGGCUAAUUCACCCAGAGACCGCAACUCCCAGAUGAAGUUGAAAGUGUCCACCCCUGAAAAACAGCGAUUCAGCCAGAUGGACAGGAGAGCUCUGAUUCUGUCACUCAACAAGGAGAACGAGUGAUUCGAACCGAGCAGACCAGGAUAAAUCCAGCCAACACUGUGUAUAUACUACAGUUUUAAGC